AUGUGGAUAGUUGUACUUGUUUCCUCUGAGGACCGGAGGGAGAACGUCUCCUGUGGACUGGUACAGUGUGAGAACGGCUGGGAUGGGUAUGGAGUCAUGUCUGGAGUGUGGUAUCACCAUGAUACUACAGUUCAGGAAACUUUCUGGUUCAUUAAAGAGAGUAAUGGGACUCACGUUGAUCUAAGGACUGAUCCGGAGUAUUCAGGUCGUGUGGAGAAUCUCUGUGGAAACAACAAGUGCACUUUGAGAAUCUCUAACCUGACAGAGAGCGACUCAGCUGUGUACAAGUUCAGGUUCACAGCAAACCAACCUACUGAGAGUUUUACUGGGAGUUCACCUGGAGUCACUCUGUCUGUCACAGACCCUCAGCUCCAGGUGCAUGUGAGGAGAUCAACAGCCAAUCCAUCUUCUACCUGGACAGAGCUGACCUGUCACAGCAGGUGUCAGCCCCCUGAUCAUCUUUCCUACGUUUGGUACAAUAACAAUAAACCUGUUGGACGGAAAAAAUACUUUCUCCUCCGACACUUUGAUGCUGAAGACAGCUAUCACUGUGCAAUAGAAGGACAGGAGCGUUUCCCUUCUCCUACAGUGUACGCUCCAAAGCCUCCCUCUGUGUCAGUGAGUCCCUCUGGUGAGAUCAUGGAGGGCAGCUUGGUGACUCUGACCUGCAGCAGUGAUGCUAACCCAGCAGCUCACUACACCUGGUCCAAGGAGGACGAGGACUCACCAACAGCAUCAGGACAAAACUUCACCAUCACUAAUAUCACAGCUGAACAUGGUGGAAGGUAUCAGUGUGAGGCCCAGAACACACACGGACGGAGAAACACCACCUUACAUCUGACUGUUGGAGCAGGGAAGUCAGUGAUAAUCAUGCAUAUCAUCAGGUGCACUCUGGUGGUCGUGCUGGUUCCAGUGCUGGUCUGGACUCUGUGGACGAGGAUGAAGAAAACUCUGAGCUUGAAAUCAGAAGUGAAUGAAGCUGUGGAGAUGAUAGAGUUAGACAACUCUCCUGAGUAUGACGACAUCGAUGCUGCAGCACAGACAGAAGACACCGAGGAGCAGGAAGACCUGUUAGACAACUCUCCUGAGUAUGACGACAUCGAUGCUGCAGCACAGACAGAAGACACCGAGGAGCAGGAAGACCUGGCUCAGCCUGCAGUGGUACAGUGUGAGAACGGCUGGAAUGUGAGUUACACUUCUACUGAGAUCUGUGCCUUCAGAGGAUCAACAGUGGACAUUACCUGUACCUACACAUACCCAUCCACAGUUAAUAACCAUGAUACUACAGUUCAGGAAACUUUCUGGUUCAUCAAAGAGAGUAAUGGGAUUCACGUUGAUCUAAGGACUGAUCCGGAGUAUUCAGGUCGUGUGGAGAAUCUCUGUGGAAACAACAAGUGCACUCUGAGAAUCUCUAACCUGAGAGAGAGCGACUCAGCUGUGUACAAGUUCAGGUUCACAACAAACCAACCUGGAGGGAGUGUAACUGGUUCAGCUGGAGUCACUCUGUCUGUCACAGAUUUGCAUGUGGAGGUGAUAGGAUCAGAGAGGUUUGGCUCUUAUUACCGUUCAGAGCUCACGUGUCUGAGCAGGUGUCGUCUUCCUGAUCCUCUGAACUACGUCUGGUACAAGAAUCAACAGAAGAAGAAGGAAGGAGCAUCUUAUACAGAUAGUUUUGAUUCUACAGACAGAGUUUCCUGUGCUGUUAAAGGACUCGAGGAUUUCCGCUCUCCAUCAAUCUACGCUCCAAAGCCUCCCUCUGUGUCAGUGAGUCCCUCUGGUGAGAUCAUGGAGGGCAGCUCUGUGACUCUGACCUGCAGCAGUGAUGCUAACCCAGCAGCUCACUACACCUGGUACAAGAGAAGUGGAGAUAAACAAGUUCAACGUCUCAGUGAAGAGACACAAUUUGUCCUCAGCUCCAUCCGGUCGUCAGACUCUGGAGAGUAUUACUGCACAGCUGAGAAUGAGCUGGGAAGGAGUUCAGCAAACAUCUCUAUUACUGUGACAUACGCUCCAAAGCCUCCCUCUGUGUCAGUGAGUCCCUCUGGUGAGAUCAUGGAGGGCAGCUCGGUGACUCUGACCUGCAGCAGUGAUGCUAACCCAGCAGCUAACUACACCUGGUACAAGAGAAGUGGAGAUAAACAAGUUCAACGUCUCAGUGAAGAGACACAAUUUGUCCUCAGCUCCAUCCGGUCGUCAGACUCUGGAGAGUAUUACUGCACAGCUGAGAAUGAGCUGGGAAGGAGUUCAGCAAACAUCUCUAUCACUGUGACAUACGCUCCAAAGCCUCCCUCUGUGUCAGUGAGUCCCUCUGGUGAGAUCAUGGAGGGCAGCUCGGUGACUCUGACCUGCAGCAGUGAUGCUAACCCAGCAGCUCACUACACCUGGUACAAGGAGGACGAGGACUCACCAACAGCAUCAGGACAAAACUUCACCAUCACUGAUAUCACAGCUGAACAUGGUGGAAAGUAUCAGUGUGAGGCCCAGAACACACACGGACGUAGUAACACCACCUUACAUCUGACUGUUGGAGCAGGGAAGUCAGUGAUAAUCAUGAAUAUCAUCAGGUGCACUCUGGUGGUCGUGCUGGUUCCAGUGCUGGUCUGGACUCUGUGGACGAGGUAA